AUGUGGGGAACUGGAACUCAUCCCCAGCAGCGCUUCCUGAUGACCUGCAAAGACAUGGACCUAGAACAGGUCAUCUUCAUGCUAGUUGGCAUCCUUGGGCUAGAGACCUUUCCCUGCUGGAUUGCCAUCCAGCUCUGCUCCAUGAGGGCCCUGACCCUACUAGGGAACUGCACAAUGCUGCUCAUCAUCAAGACAGAGGUUGCCAUCUGCUGCCUGCUCCAGUACGCCGCCAUCCUCAGCAACCCAGCUGUUGUUAAGAUGGGGCUGGUAGCAGCAACAGCAGGGGGAGCGAUCCCGGUGAUUCCCUGCCCUGUCCUCACCCUGAGGCUGCCCUACUGCUUCCAGCAGGUCGUCCCACACACCCACUGCGAGCCCACAGCCGGGGUGAAGCUGGCAUGUGCAGACACCGGACUCAGCCAGAUCUACAGUAUCUCCGUGGCACUGCUGGUGGUGGGACUGGACAUGAUACUUGUUGCCGCCGCCUACUCCGUCAUCCUCAGGGCUGUCUUCACGCUCUCGUCGAGUGAGGUGAACAGUAAGGCCCUGGCAACCUGCGCAGCCCACCUCUGCACCCUCCUGGUUUUAUCUACAUCUGCCCUCUUCACCUUCCUGACCCACCGCAUCAACAGAGACAUGCCUCCUUAUAGCCACAUCCUGCUGGCCAGCCUCUACCUCCUGGUGCUGCCCCUGGUAAAUCCGCUGGUGUCUGGUGUGAAGACCAAGAAGAUCCGUGACCGGGUGAGCAGCAUUGUCAACCAUGGCCAGAAGAUAGCUUCAAAGCCUUAA